AUGUUGGCCAGGUCUUUGUGGAUCUGUGAGAGGAAGUCGGGAGUGCCAGAGAAGGAUGUGAAGGUGGUGCAGGACAUGUACGAGGAGGUGUGCACCUCUUCUCUCUCUUUGUGCUUGUUGCGUGUGCAGGAGGUGGGCUGCGAUCGGCAGCUGGCCAGCGGUGCCAGAGAGGAUAACUGCGGCGUUUGCGGCGGCGACGGCUCCACGUGCCGCCUGGUGCGAGGACAGGCCCUACCCCACCUGACCCCCGAACAGUCUCUGAAGACGGUGCUGGAGGUCCCGAUGGGAAGUCGCUUUCUCAGACUCAACGCCAAAGGUCCCGAUAUGAUCGUUAUUGAAGCCGUGUCUCUCCAGGGGAGGAAGGAGGAGACCGGUCUGCAGUCGACGGGCUCCUACGUGAUAGGAAACACCUCCUUGGACUUUCAGAGGGGGAACGACCGGCAGACACUCAGGACGCACGGCCCACUCGGCGCUGAUUACAUCAUCAAGAUAAAGUACGGAGGCUUCAAGGACACCGUUGUCCAGUUUCUGUUCUACAAACCAAUUCGAUACCAGUGGAGAGAGACGGACUUCUUCCCCUGCUCGGUCACAUGCGGAGGAGGCUACCAGCUGAACUCUGCCGAGUGCACAGACAUCCGGUCCAACCAGACGCUGCCCGAGCACCACUGUGACAGCUACCCUGAAAACACCAAACCCACUCCAAAGCUCAAAGAGUGCAACAUGGACCCCUGCCCGGAGAGUGAUGGAUUCAAAGCAGUGAUGCCUCAUGACCGCUUCCAGCCUCUGCCUCGCUGGGAGCAGGGCCCCUGGACCCAGUGCUCAGUGUCCUGUGGUGAAAAUGGGGGCUGGCAGGAUCGCAGUGUGCUGUGCGUGGAGGAGGACGCCCACGGGCAGUUCUCCCAGGUGGACGAGUGGAAGUGCACGCACUCCCCGCGACCUGUCGUCCGACAGAUCUGCAACACCUUCGCCUGCCCCCAGUGGGUGGCCAUGGAGUGGUCACAGUGCACGGUGACGUGUGGCCGAGGGCUGCGCUACCGAGUGGUUCUGUGCAUCGACCACCGCGGGCAGCACGUCGGAGGCUGCCAACCGUCACUCAAGCCUCACGUGAAGGAGGACUGCCUGGUCCCCGUGGCCUGCCACAAGCCCAGAGAGUCCCUGCCGGUGGAGGCGAAGCUUCCCUGGUCAAAACAAGCCCACGAACUGGAGGAACACUACACCGCUACAGAAAACCCCACAUUCAUACCCGGGCCCUGGUCCCCCUGCAGCAUCACCUGCGGCCCUGGCAGGCAAACUCGGGAGGUGAAAUGUCAGGUGCUGCUCACUUUCACCAAGACGGAGGUGGACCUUCCAGAGGAGGAGUGUGGCGGGGACAGGCCCCAGCUGGAGAGGCCCUGCAACCACGGGCCGUGUACCAGAGCCACCGCAGUCCGAGACCACGGCGCUCCUUUGCUCCAGGCUGACGACCUGCACAGCUGGGACUUCAGAGGCUUCGCUGCCUGCUCGGCCACGUGCGCUGCCGGGAAGCAGACAGCAGUGGUGAGGUGUGUGAACAGGAAGCAAGAUGAGGAGGUGGACGACGCUCUGUGCGAUCCAUCCAGCAGGCCGUCGGUAAUGAUCCGCAUCUGUAACCCUGAGCCGUGCCCCCCAAGGUGGGAGGUGACGGCGUGGACGGGCUGCUCGGCGUCCUGCGGUGUCGGCAUACAAACCAGGAGCGUGUUUUGCAUGCGUCUUUUGUCCGUCGACCAACAAGAUAUUCAGACUAUUUCAGAGGACGCGUGCACGGAUUUCCGACCUGCCAUCCUCUCCGUCUCUCUCGGCAGGUGGGAGGUGACGGCGUGGACGGGCUGCUCGGCGUCCUGCGGUGUCGGCAUACAAACCAGGAGCGUGUUUUGCAUGCGUCUUUUGUCCGUCGACCAACAAGAUAUUCAGACUAUUUCAGAGGACGCGUGCACGGAUUUCCGACCUGCCAUCCUGCAGCCCUGCAACCAGGUGGACUGUCCUCCAGCCUGGGAGACCGAGCCCUGGCAGCAGUGCUCCCAGACCUGUGGUGAUGGUGUUCAGGUGCGGAAGGUGUACUGUAAGCAGCUCCUGUCCACGGGGGCCUACAGGCGGCUGGGGGACGACGCCUGCCAGGUAACCAAGCCCGCUACAAACAGAGGCUGUGGCAAUAUGGACUGUGUGCCCUACACAGCAGGAGGAGAAUGGGGAAAGUGCUCCGUGUCCUGCGGUUUGGGGAUCCAGCGCCGGGAGCUGCUGUGCCUCCAGCUGACGGCGGCGGGCCGUCAGGUGACGGUGGCGAGGGAGCAGUGCUCGGGUUUACCGUCCCCGCCGCUCGUACGAACCUGCCGCAUGAUGGCCUGUCCCAAACACAAGAAGCAGAUGAGACCCAAAGACUCGCGAAAAGCCGCUGUGAGGAACCAGGUCAAGCAGCCGGUGAGACGCCCUGCAAAGACUAGAGGCUACGAGGAGGGGAUCAAACAGUGUCCCGCUCUCGUUAGCACGCACAACAUCUACAUCCAGACCCGUAAAGAGAGGCGUCUCCACCUGACCGUUGGUGGCCACGCCUAUCUUUUCCCCAACACCUCCGUGGUCAUCAAAUGCCCCGUCAGAAGGUUCCCCAAAGCCUACAUCCGCUGGCUCAAAGAUGGCAGCGCCUUACCCAGCUCCCAACGCCUGGGCGUCACCAAGUCCGGCUCUCUGAAGAUCCAGUUCCUGGAGCCAGAGGACGCCGGGGUGUACAAAUGUGUGGCAGGACCCGCCUCAGACAUUUUCACUCUCCAGCUGAUAGGCGGUGACGGCAGGUCGGCGGGUAGACCGCCUGCUCCCGGUCCCGACUGGGAGGAGAUGCUGCCCAGCUGCUACAGCCACGACUCAGUCCUGAAGACGAUCCGACCCGGGGCCCGGGUUUCUCUGGUGCCCUCUGGUGGACAGGAGGCCUCCCUGCAGCCACGGGUGGAGGAGAGACUGAUCAAUGUGACGCUGCAGGCUGAUAGAGGAGAGAUCCAGCAGGAGCAGGCCUCAGAGCUCAUCUCCUCCCUGCUGACACACAUGUCUCCUGCACAGCUCUGGACCAGAACCACGAGGAGAGGAGGACAAGCUAAAGACCGACUGCCCAACUGGUCCGAGCGCUCUCCACUGGAGACGGUCACAAAGAGACCAGCGAUCAUCAGACAGCAGCAGAGCGUCCCACCCACCUUUCAGAAGAACAUCGACAUCAGUAUCGGACACAGCGCGCUCCUCGCCAACGCCACACGGUCGCUGACCAUCCGGUGCCCUGCUGAGGGAUCCCCACCUCCCAAAAUCAGCUGGAGCAAAGAUGGAGCUCUGCUGCAGCACUCUGACAGGGUGUCCUGGGAUCGAGCGGGCCUCCACAUCCUGCAGCUCCGAGCGUCUGACGGAGGCCGGUACAGGUGCACCGCUGCCAACACGCUGGGCUCAGACUCGGAGGCUUCCCAGCUGCUGCUGGCAGGCCUGCUUUGUCUGUGA